UAACCACUUAAAAUUGUUGAAAAUUUUGCACUAAAUUUAUAAUAUAAUGGAUUGAUAUACUUAUAUAUUGAUAUCAAUCCAUGAAUAUAAUGAAAUAUUGCACAUUGCAUGUCAUUUGUUUGCAAACUAUGUGAUCAGCUGUUCAAACUUAAGUUAACUUGCCACUCGACUUGAUUAAGAAAUUUGAUAUCAAGACGACCUUCUCGUUCGAAAAGUGAGAGUGCGGUAGUAGAAAAGUGUGAGUGUAUUGCAACUUGAAAGCAAUUUCUUGAUCGUGUAACGUCAGGGUUAUAUAAAUAAUUAACACGAUACUUUCUUAUCCAACUCCUCCUCUUCAUAGACAAUAAUUAUUACAAUUUUGAAAUUUUGCUAUUCAUAUAGUAUACAUAUGUGCACGACAUACGUAUCAAACUACCAAAGUUACAAGUCAAUGUCAGAAAAAGUUAACGGAAUAAUUAUAUUGGGUUGUAUUGCCUGCUAUAUAUUGUCGUCUCCAAUGAUAUUAGUACCUCUAUUAAUAGUAAUACCAGAGAAUGUAAAAUAUUGCCUGCGGAAACAGCAAAUAAACCGUAUACAUUAACAUAUGGAUGAAAAAUUAGUGAAAGUGAAACAAAAUUAUUGAUAUUGGAUAUACAUAUGCGAUCAUAUUUUUAAAAUAAUUUAUGUUUUAAUUCUGAUAAAAACAAUAUGACUUCGCGUAACCUAACUGAGGUUUUUGUGAUAAUGCGCAAUAAUGCAUCCAAACAUCGAAAUUUGUAUUCUGAAAGCAGAUCGACGGAAGAUGCAGAACGUUUAAUUAAUAAUUCAAUCCGCGAUGCAGAGGAAGGUUUAGAAAUGCGGGAUGACUACGGUACUCCUCCCUUGUGGAUUGAUAAGCUAGAGGAAGCACAAUACACUUUAUCUAAAAUAAAGCCAAAACUUGAUGAAUUAGGUUCAUUACAUGCAAGACACCUGUUGCAACCUGCUUUCGAUGAAAAUUUUGAGGAAGAAAAAGAAAUAGAAAACCUUAGCCAGGAAAUUUCAAAACUGAUCACAUCCACUCACCGACAUAUACAAUGUAUUCGAUCAAGUCUUGGUAUAGGAACUAAGAUGGAACAGCGGUUAACAGAAAAUGUUGUAACUUGUUUGCUACUUCAAUUGCAAGAAUUGACCUUUAAAUUUCGUAACAGUCAAAGUAUUUACGUACGUCAACUGAAUUCUAGAGAAGAACGUUCACAAAAAUAUUUUGAAAAUGAUGAUUUCACAAACAUUGACUUAGUUCCGGGUACUACAGAUGAUCACGAUAAUUUCGUAGAUACAUUUGAUAACUUUCUACAACCCGUUUCCUCUGUAUUAAAUAAUAAUAAAUCUAGUAACAAACGUAGCUAUUUAUAUGAUGAUGAUUCUUCUCAACAAAUAGAUGAAGAUUUUCAACGUCCUAUAUCGAAUCGCAUGACUAAACAGCAACUCCUGCUUUUUGAAGAAGAAAAUACUCGCUUCGCAAUUAAUCGCGACGAAGAAGUCACCAAAAUCGUAAAAUCUAUUUAUGAUCUUAAUGAUAUAUUUAAAGAUCUUAGUCAAAUGGUACAAGAACAGGGUACUAUAUUGGAUCGUAUUGAUUACAAUGUCGAGCAAACGCAGACAAGGGUAUCUGAAGGGCUUCGGCAAUUGCAACGUGCUGAAAUAUAUCAAAGAAAAAACCGGAAAAUGUGUAUUAUUAUGGUGUUGGCAUCUGUAACUUUAUUUAUGCUUCUUCUUCUUAUUUUUACAAAGUUAUAAACAUGAAAUAAAAAUAAAUAUUUGAUAUUCCAUAUCUUA